GCUCAGGCUCAGAGGAGCAAAACACCAGAGGAUCAGCGAUUACUGGACAUUUGAAGCCUGAAGGACAUUUUCUUUCACUCGAGGUUAAACGCAAGGUCAGUUUAAUCAUGGACAUAGUCAUCAGAAUGCUGGACGGGACGUCCCGCACGAUGAAAGUCAACCCGCACGACACGGUGGGCUCUCUGAAGAAUCGCAUCCAGGAGGGGCUGGGGGUUCCCGCUGCCAGGCAGAGGCUGGUCUUCACGAACGGGUCGAGCACUCCUCUGAACGACGACUCCAAGCCACUCAGCUUCUACAACAUCGAGCCGGGCUCCCAUGUGUCUCUGCUGGUCACCCAGCCGUCCACCUUCCAGGUGUUCCUAAAAAACGAGACGGGGAAAACUACCACCUACGACGUCACACCGGACGAGACGGUGGAGGGCUUCAGGAGGAGAGUGGAGAAGAGAGAGGGGGUCCCUGCGAACCAGCAGAGGCUGAUCCAUGAGAGCCGGGAGAUGCAGACCGGAAAACUGUCCGACUACAAAGUGAAAGAGCACAGCACGAUCUUCCUGACUCUGCGUCUGAGAGGAGGCUGAGGAGGCUGUCCACAUGAAGAACACAUUCCAGUUUUUAUUUAUUUGUUAAGGCACUUUGAUGAUAAAACAAUUAAAAGGCAUUUUCUGUACACAUACAAAAAAAAAAAAAUCAUAUUGGUGAUGUAAGUGAAAUUGUAAUAUAGCGUCUAGCAGUCUGAAUAAGGGUCAGUCAGGACACAUUUUAUUUCUGCAUUUGAACCAAUCAGUAGGUAUAGCUGUUUAGUUGUUAUUGUUACUAUUAAUCUGUCCUGAAAUUCUGGGAAUUUGUCAAAAUCCAAACUGUAAAAUUUAUGUCAACUUCCACAAAAUAUUCAAAAAAUGUUUUGUGAUAAAAUAGGGUAGGUAGAGUUUAAGACGGGAAGGAAAUAAAAAAAAAAAAGAAGAAUAUCAGAACAACCAAAAAUAGUUUUUGUGUAUCAUGGUGUUUAGUAGAUCUGUGAUGUGAAGAGACUUAAGUGACUGUAUGAGAGGAACAGGAAGUCAUAAUAUAUUUUAUCCCCUAAUUGUUCAUGUUCGAAAUAAAUUGUGUAAAACUGCAUGUAAACUGACACAUUUGUCUUAUUCUUAUUUUCUGGUUGUACUUUUUAUUGUCUGUUUGAAAUGAAUAAAGCAUACCUCAUACCUUG